CAUCUGCACCCAAAACGACAACAACAGCACCUGCAACACCAGCAACAACAACAAUUGCCGCCACACUAUAACAAGGAUCAAAUGCUUGCCGCUGACAGCACAGUAAUGAUACCCUUUAUUAACAACACACAACCGCUAAAGGACGCACAACAAUUGCAGAAGCACAACUAUAAUUCAAGUCAGCCCGGUAACUCUUUGGUCACCUUGCUGGCCAUCAAUGACAGCCAAUUGAAUGUCGGCGUCUCUAUAAGCGGACUCUGUGAGAGCAUCUCUUCUAGUCCCAAUCAUUAUAGCAAUAUCAAUAACACCAACAGAAAUAAUAAGAACAACACAAACAAUAAUAAUAACAACAAUAAAAAUGUUGAUGCCAAGUUAAAUGCUCCAUCUAGCGGUGGUUUCAGCAAUAGUGAAAUAAUCGAAUCUAAUCGAAUAAUCGAAUCAGACACAAUGCCAAUAUUUACCAACAACCGCAACAGUAAACAUCCGGCAACAGUCAAUGGUGUUGAAGCUUUAAAUAGAAUUAGUCCCGUGUUGUUGCAAAUGUCAAACACUGUGGAGUAUCAUCAGCUGAAGCCAUUGGAGAAUGUUGCAAGUUCUGCUGAGGCAGCUAUUUUGUUGAACUUUGAGGAGGCUGGCACUAAGGAUACUUCAGUUAUUGUUGCUGCUGGUAAUGGCCUUGCUGCUGAUACGACAACAGUUGCUUCUGAAGAGGCAACAACAAGCACUGCCAAUCGUAGAUCGUUGCAUAGCAUUGAAAAAUUAGCAGCUAGUUCAUGUGUCACAAACAAAACAACAAGUACAACACAACAACAACAGUUGCAUUAUGAACAACAACGGGCUGACAAUCUUAGUGACUCCAAUGUCAGCUCAGAUGAUGAGUUCAUGUCGGAGGAUGAAUUUGGUCUAGAGAUCGAUGAUCAUAGGGGCUAUCAGGAGACCAACUCACCCCAUUUGCAACAAAGUUACAACGGAGGUUCUGGCAACGCUGGCAGCUGCGGCCAACUAUUGAAUGCCACUGGCUAUAGCUGCUCAUUUGGCAAAGGUUACAUGUUGCUGCCCCCAGCUGUUGGUGCUGGUGGAAACUCUGUUUCUGGUGCCUCAAAAAUGUCCGGCAAUGUUGGCGGCAAUGCGGGCGGUGGCGCGGGUACAACUGUUGAUGGUGUUCAUUAUGCUGGCACGAGUGCCACAUCCGGCGGUGGCGAGGCCAUCGAUUUCAAGCAUCUGUUUGAGGAGCUUUGCCCUGUUUGCGGUGACAAGGUGAGCGGCUAUCAUUAUGGCCUGCUCACCUGCGAGUCCUGCAAGGGAUUCUUCAAACGCACCGUUCAAAACAAAAAGGUCUACACUUGUAUCGCGGAGCGUACCUGCCACAUUGAUAAGACUCAGCGCAAACGUUGUCCAUACUGUCGCUACCAAAAGUGCCUCGACGUGGGCAUGAAACUGGAAGCUGUUCGAGCGGAUCGCAUGCGUGGCGGACGGAACAAGUUUGGACCGAUGUACAAAAGGGAUCGAGCGCGGAAGCUGCAGGUGAUGCGUCAGCGUCAAUUGGCGCUUCAGGCGUUGCGCAGUUCGAUGGGAUCGGGCGAAAAGCAGACGACUCUAUUGCCGGGCUGCCAGCAAUCAUAUUCGAAUAUGAAUCUUAAGCAAGAAAUACAAAUACCGCAGAUAUCCUCACUUACACAGUCGCCGGAUUCGUCGCCUAGUCACAUUGCUGUAGCUUUGGGUCAGGUGAAUGCGAGCGGGAGUGGUGUGAUAGCCACUCCCAUGAAUGUCGGCAAUGCGAUUGGCAGCUAUGUCAAUGGCAGCUCCUUAUUGGGAAAUGGCAACGGCAACAACAGCAACAAUACCAACAGCAGCGGUGGCAGUGAAGGUGGUGGAGGUGGAGCAGGUGGCAACAAAAAGAACAACAAUGACGAUAAUUUGCAACGUAAUGACAACAACAGCAAUGGCAACAGCAACAGCAGCAGCAGCAGCCAUGAAACCGGCACUGAAUCUCUGCAGAACACAGCGAAAUCAAAGUUGUGCUUCGAUUCUGAGACACAGUCAUCGAGCACAGCCGAUGUGUUCAUCGAUCCACUGAGGGUUUUACCAAAGAUACGCGAAUUUGUGCAAUCGAUCGAUGAUCACGAAUGGCAGACGCAACUGUUUGCGCUGCUACAGAAGCAGACGUACAAUCAGGUGGAAGUAGAUCUCUUUGAGUUAAUGUGUAAAGUGCUUGAUCAGAAUCUGUUCUCGGAAGUUGAUUGGGCAAGAAACACCGUCUUCUUUAAGGAUUUGAAGGUGGACGAUCAAAUGAAGCUACUGCAGCAUUCGUGGUCCGAUAUAUUAGUGCUGGAUCACCUUCAUCAUCGCAUACAUAACGGUCUGCCAGAUAUGACGCCACUGAAUAACGGUCAGAUCUUUAAUGUAUUGAACCUCGGCCUUCUGGGCGUUCCCCAAUUAGCCGAUUACUUUAAUGAAUUGCAGAAUAAACUGCAGGAUCUGAAGUUCGAUAUGGGCGAUUAUGUGUGCAUGAAAUUUCUAAUACUGUUAAAUCCAGACGUACGCGGCAUUGUCAACAAAAACACCAUCUUGGAGGGGCACGAAAGUGUACAGACAGCGCUGCUGGAUUACACGCUUACGUGUUAUCCAUUAGUAAAUGACAAAUUCAGGAGGCUAUUAAACAUACUAACGGAGAUCCGCGCCAUGGCUGCACGGGGUGAAGAGUAUCUCUACUCGAAGCAUUGCACCGGUAGUGCGCCAACGCAGACACUGCUCAUGGAGAUGUUGCAUGCCAAAAGGAAGGUAUAA